CCAAAGAACACAGAAGAAGAAGAAUGUUUUCAGUCUCUCCACGGAUCAUAGCUAAAGGUUACACACUCAACUCUAAGUGAAGAUGAAGAGCGCACUUACUGUUCUUCUUUUCCCAUCAUUGUUGAUCGGUGUGUUUGCUGAUGGAGAAAAAUUGUCAGUGAUGGAGGGAGACUCGGUCACUCUACAAACUGGUCUUACUGAUCUACAGAAAGAUGAUGAGAUACGAUGGAGGUUUGGACAAGAGGAAUCUCUUUUAGCUGAAAUCAACUCCACAUCUGAUGAGAGAUUCAGAAACACACACCUGGACCAGACUGGUUCUCUAACCAUCAGAAACAUCACAGCUGAACAGUCUGGACUUUAUGAAGUUGAGAUCAUUAGAACUAGAAGCAGAUACACCGUACACAGAUCAUUCAAUGUGACUGUCAGGGAUGACGUGGAGUCAGUAUCAGUGCUGGAGGGAGAUACUGUCACUUUACUCACUGGUCUUAAGGAAACAGAAAGAAUUAAACAGAUAUUGUGGAAGUCUGGAGACCAACUCAUUGCUGACUUAAACAGCCCUGUUAAAGAGACAUGGAGCAACGUUUAUCUGAAUCGUACUACUGGGGACCUCACCAUCAGUAAUGUCAGAAAUAAUCAGUAUAACUAUUAUGAAGUGGAGAUCCACACAACAGGAAUGAUCUUUCGUAGGAAAUACCUCGUUACUGAUGCUACGGUGUCAGUGUCACUGAUGACGGGAGAUUCUGUCACUCUACACACUGGUUUUAAUAUUAUACCAGGAAAGAAUGCGGUUUUAUGGACUGACAAUCAAGACAAGUCCUUUACUCAGUCAACCAACAUUAAUGAUAUGACCGGAGACUUCACCAUCAGAAACAUCCAACAAGAUCAGUCUGGAAUUUAUACAGUAAAUAUCAUCAAAAGUAGAAAAACUAUGGUCUUACUCAGGAAUUUUCAUGUUAAUAUUAAUGGUGUGUUUAGUAAUGAGAAAGAUGGCGUGAAGACAGUAUCAGUGGUGACUGGAGAAUCUUUGACUCUACACAGUAAUGUUGAUGAUACGCAGAGUGAUGUUUCAAAAGAGUGGAUGUUUGAUCAUCUCUCUAUAGCAAAAACCGAUGGAAAGAGCAACACUCCUUCAUACAGCAGUGACGUGAGAUUUAAAAACAAACUGGAUGUAGAUAUUAAAACUGGAGAUCUCUACAUUGUGAGGUCCAGCACUGAACACACUGGACUUUAUCAACUAAAGAUCAUCAACGGAACAUAUACCAUACAGAAGAGCUUCAGUGUUUGUGUCAGUUGUCUGUCUCCAGCUGCUGUAGCAAGGAUUUGUGUUGGCGUUAUUGCUGGUGUUGUUGCUGUUGCUGCUGUUGCUGCUUUUCUGAUCUGCCGCCGUCGCUGCAAGAAACCUAGAACAAUCAAGGAAGAGAAAGGACAAAGAGGGCGCAGAUGGUCCUAUUAAUGAAGAGACAAAUUUGUCUAGUACAUCCUUGUCACAAACAGCACCUCUGUGGCUCUCUCCAACCGCCACCGGAGGGAGCCCUCACCCGAAUACUGAUCGUCACGGACUCAGUUUCCCAUAACCCCGUGCCUUGGGCUGAUUAGCCCUGCCAGGUGUUUCCCAUCACCACACCCUAUAUAAGGAACUUCCUCUCAAACACUCACGGCGAAGUCUUGUUAGUUCCGGCUGCAAUUCUGAGCGUUCAUCCCGUGUUUGAUUCCCUGUUCUCUGAUUGUUCUCUGCCUGCCUACCGACCUUCUGCCUGUUAUCGCUUUACAGUCCCUGACAAAAGUCUUGUCGCUUGUGUACGAAUUGACCUGAAGUGCUGCUGAAAUAUAUUUCUAAUCAAGAUUUUUUUACAAGAAAUGGCUCAUUUUAAUCCCAACAGCUUUUGUAAUAAUGUUUCAGU